AUGGAUGAUUAUGAUAAUAUCGAAAACUUAACUUUACCUUCUACAAAUGAAGAUCAUAUAUUGAACAAUUGUUCAUUACAACCGAUUAAUAUCGAUACAUUGCAGCACAAAAUUGAGAGUAAUGAUCAAAGAGAAAAUCAGACUAUGAUAAGAAUGACUUCAUCUUGGAAGCAAAUCGUAGUAAAAACUGAUGAUAAUCACGAUCAUAGCCAAGCUGAUGAUGAUGAUGAUCACGAUGAUAGCCAAACUAAUGAAAUAAAUGAUAAUUUAGUAUCAUUCACACCAUUGAAUACAAUUCAAGUAAUAUUCACUAUUCCUGAUAUUAUAAUUUCAAAUGAAACAAUUCUUAAUCAAACAAUAUUUAUUACUGAUGUAAAAUCUAAUCAAUUAUUAGCAUCUUUAAACUAUAUUUGUUUCAAUGGAUCAUCUUUUAUUAUUAAUUAUUCAACAAAUAAAUCAUUACCACAUGAUGUUUGUUUAUAUGUUUUAAUAUCAUCUAUCGCAUUAAAAGAAAUCUUUAUUUGUCGUACUAUUAACAAUAUAUCCAAUAUUAAUAAAGGUCACAGCGAUCAAUCAAGUAGAGUUUUUAUUAUUUCACAAUGUAUUGUAAAUUGUCUUAUGAUGAUUAUUAUAUACUUAGUACAUAUAGGUAGAAAGAAAAAUCUAAUUAAUCGUGUUGGUCAACAUUUUUUACAUAAUAAAUUAGUUACACAUAAAAAUAGUGUUAUUAUAUUUCAUGAUAGAAUAAAUCCUGACAUUAUAAAUAAUAUUCAUUUAAAUAAUUUGAUUUCAUCACCUAUUGAAGAACAAGUAUUAGCUGCAAAUGAUUUAAUAUCAACACGUAAUGAUCGAAGAUUUACACAUCAUGCAUUAAUUGAUGUUACAGAAUUAACAAAACAAAUGAAUUUAUCAAAUAAAAAUAUAGAAUCUAAUGCUUUUUAA